AUGGCACCAGCUGGUCCCAAUGCAUUCAGUUUAGGGAAAGGUGCAUUGGCUGGAGCAUCAGCAGUGGGUCUUGUUGCUCUUUGCUAUUAUGGAACAGGAGCUAAACCUGGUACUUUGCAAGAAGCACAUCUCUGGCCUCAAUAUGUGAAAGACCGCAUAAAAGCUACAUAUGGGUACAUUGCUGGCUCUCUUGUCCUUACAGCAGGAAGUGCUGUUACAGUUUUUAGGACCCCUGCAUUACUAAACUUGGUGGCACGUAAUGGAUGGGUGUCUAUCAUAGUCACAUUGGGACUUAUGAUUGGAUCAGGCAUGAUUGUGCGUGGGAUGGAAUAUAAGCCAGGCUUUGGUGCCAAACAGCUAGCUUGGAUGGUUCACACCGGUAUUAUGGGAGCUGUAAUAGCACCAAUUUGUUUCCUGGGUGGACCCAUCUUAACUCGUGCUGCAUGGUAUACUGCUGGUGUAGUAGGCGGGUUAAGUACAAUUGCAGUCUGUGCACCAUCUGGUGAAUUCCUUAAUAUGCGGGCCCCACUUGCAAUGGGUUUAGGUGUAGUAUUUGCUGCCUCCCUUGGGAGCAUGUUCUUGCCUCCUACAACUGCACUUGGAGCAGGUUUAUAUUCCCUUAGCUUGUAUGGUGGUCUGAUCAUAUUCAGUGGUUUCUUGUUGUAUGAUACACAAGCAAUAAUCAAACGAGCUGAAACUCAUCCAAUGUAUGGAUUCCAGCCUUAUGAUCCCAUAAACUCGGCUAUUUCAGUAUAUCUGGACGUCCUUAAUAUUUUCAUGCGCAUUGCAAUGAUUCUCUCUGGUUCUGGCGGAAACAGAAGAAAG